GAGCCGGGCGAUUGGCUCCAAGAGGAGGACGCCGGGAGCCAUGCCGCAGCUUUCCGGCGCCUCGCCAACGACGUGGAAGGGCACCCGAACUUCCUCAAAUCCAACUGCUUCCCCCAAAUGGAUGGGACCCUCGAAGCGGCCCGGAAGCUGCAGGCUGUGCAGGCCACCAUGUACAUGAAGGCGAAGAUUCACCCGGCGCACCUGCGAGAUGGAUGGGCCAACAGCAAAGUGGCGCAAGACAAUUACGAGGAUUCCUUGAAGGUUCUCGAGGCAUUAAAGGAGCGGUACGGCGACGAGAUCGAUUUUACUGCCCCGGAUCAUGUGCCAACCGGCGCGGACGCCGAUGCCUUCGCUCCAGUGGAAAAGGGGCAGGAGUCCUUCGAGAAGCUCACCGUGGAGAACCCGAGCCCCGACACCAAGCACCAGCGGCACGCAAUGGAACACAUCAUCCAGGAAGUACUGAGCCGCCCCAACACCAAGGACGGCAGCAACCCGGAGCGCUUGCACAUGUUGCUCCACGGUCCCGGUGGCUGCGGAAAGUCGGUCGUGAUCCGUGCUGCAGCGCACAUGCUGAGGCAAGGGGGCGUGGGAGUGGUCAUUGCGGCGCCGACAGGCGUGGCGGCAUGGAACAUCAACGGAGUGACGCUCCACGCUUGUUGCUUGCUUCCCGUCGUCAACAAGAGUUAUGGAAAGCCCGGGGACGUCCCCCCACCGAGCGGUCCGCUGCUAGCGACAUUGCGAAGCAUGUGGAGGCUUGUGUCUGCAUUGUUCGUGGACGAAAUGAGCUUCAUCUCCUCCUUCAUGCUCGAACGCCUGGAUCAGCAUCUUCGCCUCGCACGGGACAUGCCGCAUCUUCCGUUCGGAGGUGUGCACAUAGUGUUUGCAGGGGACCUGUACCAGCUGCCUCCGCCUGGCGGUCAUCCACUUUUCAAGAGCCAGCUAUGGCUGCUGUUUCGGCUCUGCGAGCUUCGUGGGAACCAGCGUGCAGCGAAGGAUCCCAAGUGGGCCGCUCUUCUGGCACGAGUUCGAUUUGGCAAGUGCACAGAGGAGGACCUCAAAGAACUACGGGACAUGGUGGUGAAGCCGAACAGCAGCAAACAGCCCGCCCCCAAGGCAGUGCAUCUGUAUGCCACGCGCCGGGCCGUAGCAGAAAGCAAUCGCACGUACCUCGAGGAGCACAUCAGCAGAACCAACGCUCGUCUUUACGAAAGCCCUGCCUUGGACGUGAGCUGGCGCGCCGAGCACGAGACGGCCUUCGUCGCCAUUUGCCGGCGAUCGGCCACCUACUUGGACACGGAUGGCAACAAAGCUUCGAGGCUGCAAUUCCCCAUCGUCCUCGCGAAGGCCACGACCAUCCACAAAAGCCAGGCGGCCACCCUCCACGACGGCGCCCACUGCCGCUUGGAUGCGACAUGCAGCCAGGAAGGCCAGGCCUACGUGGCUUUGAGCCGCUGCCCCUCGCAGGCUCUUUGCAGUCUGGAGUUCUUCAAUCCGAAGUCCCUCCGGUUCAAUGCGAAUGCGGAGUGGGCGCUGACGAAGCUCAAGGCCCAGCAGGCCGGGCAAGAUGGAUCGGAUCUGUGGAAGCAACUCUUCCGCCCAGAGGAAAGCAAGGACUUCUACGAGGCCCGGCUGGCCGAGAUGGGUGCUCCAGAUUGGUCGCGGCUGAACGGGGAACAGGACGGGGCGGAGGAGGGCCUGUUGCCCAGCCACCAGCCAGACGAGCUUGCGGCAGCCGAUGCGGAACUGCACUACUUCGAACGGCAAGUGGAGCUUCGAUGCGGAAUCCACGCGCUCAACAACGUUCUGGGUUUCCGCUUGGUCGGCCCGGGAGAUAUGACUCACGCAGCUGAAGCAUUCCUUUUCGAGAACCGGGAGUUGGCCGACAACAUGCAGGACCACGUGGCUCCUGCAGGAGAUUACUCGUUUGAAGUGAUGGGUAUGGUCCUCCGCACCAAGGCGAUGCAAGACUACGGGCGGCUAUGCUGGCAGAUGGCGGACCGCCGUGCCGUGGCGAUCAGUGACCUGCAUGGCUGCGUGGGUGCUGUGGUGAACCUUCUUGGUCGACACUGGGUGGCCGUAAGAUCCGUCGGGGAGAACUUUUUGUACCUGGACUCCUUGGAGGAGAACCCUCGGACCCUCACACCUGAGCAGCUAGAAGCGAUCCUCCU